UCAGAUUUUUUUACGGAUACUACUGAUUACUACGCAACUUCAUAUGACAAUGAACUGUGUGACAAGAUCGAAGUUAUCAAAUUUGGAUCUAUUGCAGUUCCAGUGUUCUACUCUGUUGUCGUUGUCCUAAGUUUCAUUGGUAACAUGUUGGUUAUCGUGAUUCUUGCCCUCUUCGAAAAUCUCAGAUCGCUUCAAAACACCUUCAUUCUAAACUUGGCCCUGUCUGACUUGAUGUUCACUGCUGGAUUGCCAUUUUGGGCUUGUUAUCUCAUCUGGGGAUGGACGUCAGGUGACACAAUGUGUAAAGCUGUGAGAUUUGUCUUCAGUGCGGGGUUUUACAGUAGCACACUUUUCCUGAUGUUAAUGACCAUCCAGAGAUUUCUAGCAGUGGUUCGUCCUCUGGCUGACCGAGGAGAGAACAGACCCUGCCUCGCUGGCGCUCUGUCCAUCCUCGUUUGGAUUCUCAGCGCUUCUGCGUCCAUUCCUGCUCUGGUUCACAGCAAAGUCAUGACGGACACUGAAAAUGAAGGAGAAAGACCUCACUGUGAGUUUGACACUAUUGAAAUGAAACAUGCCAUCAUAUACCUGCAAAACACAAUUUUCUUGAUUUCUUUUGCCAUAAUGGGCUUUUGUUACGGUAAUAUACUACGCAUAGUCCUCGUGGCGCGGAAAAGCAGAAAACACCGAACUGUUAUUCUUAUCUUUAUUAUUGUGAUGGUGUUUUUCAUUGGAUGGGCCCCAUAUAAUAUAGCUCUUUAUAUACUGGCUUUAAGUGAAGGAAAGGCUAUCGGUAUAGAUGAGUGUGCUUCCAAUGAUGCUCUGUAUUACGCACUGCUCGUAUGUGAGACGCUCGCUUUCUCUCACUGUUGUCUUAACCCAGUUUUCUAUGCCUUUGUUGGCGUGAAGUUUCGAAAUCAUUUUAAAGUUAUUCUGCACAAACUUUUGCAUACUCAACUUCGCAGGGAUUCUCUACGUACCAGGAUGACAACUAUAAACUCUCAGGGGUCAGGGCACUGA